CAUUUUCUCUUUGCUCUCUGAGGAGGGCGACUCUGAGUUUAUCCAUUGGAAAAUAUAUAAACUAUUUAUCUUUGAAUGUUCUGUAGAUCCGAGGAAAACGAAUGGACUUUCGCAGGAGAAAGACUUCAUUCAAAUUGCUCUUUAGACUACACAAUGCCUGACCAGAACGGAAAGUUACAGAGCCAAAUGUAUCUUGUUGAAUAUUUAACUUUGUGGGUUGACUGGAAAAGGUCAUCGAGGAAAGUUUUGUCUGCCUGGCAAGGCAACAGGUGGCGAUGGGAAAUGUGGGCCGUACAGGGACGCCCCCUAGCGAUAAAGUGAUUAUUGACACGCUGCUCUGUCCAAUCGGUCGUUCCAAGAUGGCCGCCACGAGUUGCGGGUCGAGGUACACUGCGCCAAAGUUUACACAGCUAUCAGCUGCUUAUCGCCUCUCUUCUCCCAUAUAACCGGCCCGAGUCUGAACCAUGACCCCUGAGGAAGGGUCUCUGCAAGCCGGACAGGACGGCCUCAAGCCGCUCGGAGAACUGACCAUGCUGGAAAAGGCGCUUCGGAGGCCGUCCAUCGAGGGGGAGGAGGGGCACAAAACUUGCAACUCUCUCUACAUGUCAACAUCGAUAGUCGGACUAGUGACCCUGUGUUGUUUCGUCCUCUUCUUCAGCAGACAUUACAUCAAAGAAUUCAUCCUAUGGCUAGAAGGUCUAAACGGCGGGCUAGGAGUUAUUCUCUUCGUCGUACUGUUCACUGUUGUGUCUUUCCCGAUGACAUGGGGCUAUGUUGUUUUGAAUAUUUCAGCCGGCUACUUGUACGGGUUUUUAGAGGGACUUGUCAUCGUGAUACUCGCUGUCUUCCAGGGGACUUUUGUCGCACACGUCAUGUGCAAGAGAUUCUGUGGAGAUUUCCUUUUGAACAAAAUCGGCGGGAACGCCAACUUGACUGCCAUAGCGAGAGUCCUGGAGAGUAACAGCGGGUUCAAAGUUAUCGCUCUCUCCAGACUGACCCCCAUUCCGUUCGGGCUUCAGAACGGUCUGUUUGCGGUUAGCAAAGUCCAGACGUUCAGGUACAUGACAGCCUCCACCCUGGGCCUCCUGCCCACCCAGGCACUCAACACCUACAUCGGCUCCAGUCUGCACUCUGUGGAGGAGGUGGUGGAUAACCCCUCCAGCAGUGACUACAUGGUGUUAGGGACACAGGUUGGAGUGAGUGUCCUGUUGAUGGUGUAUGUUGUGAAACAAGCCCGGGUUCAGCUCAACAAAGCUCUGCUUCAGCACCAACCCAACCUCUCCUCAGGUCCCACCCUCACUACCUACCCAAAGAGGCUGACAAGCAGUCAGCACACCAAAGAUAACCUCCACCUCAUGGAGGCAGCACAACUCAAGAGAUUCAGCAGCCAUGAUGGAGACGUAUCCCAGCAUGCAGAGGAGCUCCAGCCAGCCAAUCAGAGCUCAGACACUGAGGAAUUCUGGGUAGCUGAUGAGAGGCAGCAGUAGUGCUCUAUCAGUCAUGUCAGUAGUACAGGAUUACUGUCGCCUCCACCAGCCUCCUGACAAAAUUGUAGCGACUUGAAAUUUCAUCUGUGUUGGUAGAAGUCAUUAUUGAACUCGUAUAACUGUAAUAUCCGACACAAAAAUUGGACUCACCCAAAUUUUCGACUGAAGAGCAUCAGAGCUUUACAACCAUCCCUGAACAGAGACGGUGGGCGCCAUAGACUUCCUGUAACCUAUGAUCCACUGCUUACUGAGUCAUGUGAUCUAUCUGCAUAACGUGACGUCACGACAGCAGUGGAUUGUUCAUUCCUUGACAAAGACUGGUGCUGUUCAGUCAAAAAUUUGGGUUGGAUAUUACAGUUAAACUAGUUCAGUAAUGUUGUAGCAACAGUUUUUCACGAGAUUUUGAUUGUAGCGAUUACUGAAACAGAGUUCAAGAGAUGUGUGCGUGUUUUAUGUAUUUAUGCGUGUUGAAAUGAUAAGUAUAUACAUUCACCAAGACUAAAAGGGAAGGAUUAUAUGAUUUUAAAGAGAUUUCAUUGUAAUGUAAAGUGGUGUACUAAGAGGUCAUUAGUCAACUAUGUGCAAUUCUGGAGGGAAGAAAUCUUUAUAACUAUUGUUGUCAUACAUGAUUUAGCAGGUGUGCUAGUAAAGAUUUAGAAUUUGAUUAAGAACAGUUUUGCCAUAGAACUGUAUCUUGUUCUGACUAGGAGCAGUUCUCAUAGGGGAUGGGAAAAAAUUACAAUUAAAUUUAGAUCAUUCCAUAUACCGCAAGUGCCUGUAAAGAACAAAAAAAAAUUGAACCAAAUCCUUUCUUUAAAUGCCAGUGCAUUUAGUUUCAAGAAAUGAAGGACAUUUUAUAUUUUACUUAUCUUUGAGCUUCUAUAUAUUCUUUAGACUUGAACUGUUAAGAAUGUUUGUUUACUUUCGUACUGAAGUUAGAAGGAUUAUAUAAGGUAACAAGCAAAGGAAAGGACUAGAUUAUUGGAAAUCUUUAUUAUUUGUAGUCAGUCCUUCAUAGUUUUAAUAUUUCAUUAUACCAAUAAUGUGCCAGUAUGUUACGAUGUUUUACCAUAUGCUAAUGACAGUUAAACUGUAAAUGUGAAUGCCUUUUGUUGUUUUAUCAUUCACCACAUUUUAAUGUUAUGUCUGGAGAAAUUUCAGUCCUGUUUGCAAAAAAAACCCUCCAAAGACAUGUACACAUUGACUUUGAUAUGGGCUGACUAUCCUUUUAUAGCAGAGAAGCUGUUUCUAUCCACACUUCAUAACAAGGCUUCAUACUCAUAGUAGGUCAAUUAUUGUCUUUCCCAACGUCAACAUUAAAUAUUUGUAAGGGUCAUGCAUUCUUCUGUAUGACAGGUGCAACCAGUCACAGUGUUCUUUUUGACACUAUUGGGUCAUCUCAGAAUCAUUUUGAAUGGCUCAGGAAAAUGGCAGUACAAUGUUUGCCAUCAAAUGUCAUUGGUGUGUGAACUAUUUUACCUUUUGAAGCAACCAGGCCAGGUUAACAGAUGACAUUAAAACAAUAUAUACCCACUUUAUAAGAGUGUUUCAAGGCAUUUCAUAAAGAAUACAAAGUAUUAAGACAUCCUCCAUAGUGACCACUGUUACGCAUGGCCUAUAGUCAAGCUGUUGUAAGAAGUACAGAAUGUCAUACUACAGAACGAUGCAACUGUAGAACAUGUCCACCUUUAUAGUUCUACUUGUGUACAAUGUUUGCUAUUUGUCAGUGCAAUACUAGUAUGUACAUGUAGAUGGGUUAUAUCAUUGUCUAACUGAGAUUUUACCUGUGCAAAUUGUCUACCUCCAGUACUAAAAGCCUGGUACAAGUUAAGGGCUCUGCAAUGAAUGCUGUUUGGUGUUUAGGUGGCCAUUACUAGUAUUUAAAGUUAAACAAAACAUUGAACUGUCCUGCUACAGUAGAGAUUCACCAUGUGUUUGGCUAUCAUCAUUAUUGUGCAGAUUGUAAGCAAAUAUGGUUCAAUUAUUAAUAAUCUUCAAGCAUAAUGAUUGUACAACUGUAUUUUCAUAUUGUGCCUGUAUCUUGCGAAGUGUAAUAGCUACUUAAAUGUUAGCAAAGAGGUUAAACUUUAACCUCCUUGGUGUUAGCAAAAAGGAUUAACCGAAAACUCUUCAGUGCCAUUGUAUGAUAUACAGUUUACAUGGAUAGCAAACUAAGGGGAACCCGAACAAUGUUCUUGCCAUAUUUGUUACUUAGAAAACCAGCAAAGAAUCUUAUAGAUACAUUUAUCCUUUGAUUGACUGAUAUGAACAUCACAAAUUGAAUGCAGUGAAGACCACAUUAUUCUGUUGAUUUGGCAUUUUUUAAAGUUCUAAAACAAUAGGUUUCUGAUCAGGGGGAAAAAAGUGUUUUGAAACAUCAUAAAAAAUCUAACAUAUUCUUGAAAAAUGACAAAUUAAAGAUGCCAUGUGUUAUCUUCAAUCUAUAAUGGAAGACAGAAAGAUGAAUUUGAGAUCGCUUUAUUAUAUUUGUAUAUUAUCUUUUUUCCAAACAAUGAAAUGAUAAAUUCCUAUGAUUUGCCCAAAAGGUUCCAUACAUAAUGAAAUGUUGGAAGAAAAAUGUUUUGUCUGAACACAUGUAGCAAAAGAAUGAACACUUGGAACAAGUGUAUGUCAAUCACAUGGUGUGCCAUUGGUUUAUAUUUAUGUCAAGUUUCAUGUGGAAUUGUAUUUUUAGACCCAGUAAAUUAAUUACACUCAAGUGA